AUGAAUUCAAGCAUCCCAGUCAGCCUGAACAUCACAGCUCCUUCACCAAAACCUCAAAAGGAGAUCUUGAUCCUGUAUUGGCUGAUUCUUGGCAUUGCCCUGGUUGGACUGCCAGGAAAUGGAACUGUGCUCUGGUUUCUCGGCGUCCGCAUGCACAAAAAUGCUUUCUACACCUACAUUCUCCACCUGGCUCUGGCCGACUUCCUCUUCCUCUGCUGCCAAGUUAUGGAUUCACUUUUGAUUAUAAUGGAAUUCCUCCAUCCUUUCUCCAUUGACAAUCCUUUUUACAACUUCUUAAUUACUGCAGAAGCCUUUCUCUACAUGGUGAGCCUGAGCAUCCUCAGCACCAUUAGUGCUGAGCGCUGCCUAUCUGUCCUGUGGCCCAUCUGGUAUCGCUGCCACAGACACAAACACCUGUCGGCUAUCAUGUGUGCCCUCAUCUGGGCCCUGUCCCUCACCCUGAGCAUAGUGAAAAUAACCAGUUGUCUCUCUAACAUCGAUUAUAGUGAAAAUAUUUGGUGUCAGAUAUUUACCUCCCUUGCUGCAAUCUGGCUGCUGCUUUUAUUUUUAAUUCUCUGUGGAUCCACUCUCACUCUGCUGCUCAGGGUCCAUAGCUCACAGAGGUUGCCCAUGACUCGGCUGUAUGUGACCAUUCUCCUCACAGUGCUGGUCUUCAUGCUCUGUGGUCUGCCCUGUGGUAUUACAUGGAUAUAUGUAUUGGGGAAUGAAUUUCUUUCAAAGAAUUACAUUCCCCGUUAUCACGUGAUAACAGUCUUCUUGUCCUGUAUUAACAGCAGUGCCAACCCCAUCAUUUACUUCUUUGUGGGCUCCUUUAGGCAGCAGCGAAGACAGUCCUUCAAGCUGGUUCUCCAGAGAGCUCUGCAGGACACUCCUGAUGUAGGUGACAGUGGAUGUGGCCUGCCCCAGGGAACCCAGGCGAUGCCAGAGAGAAGCCUGGUGUAG